AUGUACUUCGCCGAGAUCUUGAGCGCCAUGGCCCUCGCCAUCUUGGGAACCAACGCCGCUGUGGCAGGCCAACCCAAGUCCGGCCUUGACGAGCGUGCUUGCUUCUGCAACUACGGAGAUGGCACCUACUUUGACUGCGUUUCGAAGGCUGAGGCAGACUGCACCUACAGCUGCUCGCCUGAGCAGGCCACCAGCGAGGCAGCCUAUGCUAUUUGCCUCAACGACUGCACUAACUCGGCCCAGGGUAUUAACUGCUGCGGGUGUGGCGAUGCAUAA